UAUAUAAAGAGCUGUCAAACACACAGGGAAAAUUAAUAAUAUAUUUGCAGAGCAGAAUCAUCAACAUAGUUGAAGAUUAAUUUAACUUUUAAAAUAAAAUUUUAAUUUUAACUAACAAAAAGUAGAAAGGAAAAAUGUCCCAUCAGACUGGAAUAACAGCAAACGAUGCGUUGAAGAAGGUGUUUGGAAAAUCGAAAGAUGGCAAAAUUCGGGUGAUCAAAAUAUCAAUAGAAAAUGAACAAUUGACAUCCGCAUCGGUCCAAACUGUGAAUAAAGACUGGGAAAAAGAUUUCGAUAAAAUGCUCAAACCGCUCGUUGAACGAGAUACGCCUUGUUACAUUUUGUAUAGGUUAGACGCAAAGACUCCGUUGGGAUUUGCAUGGUUGUUAAUUAGUUGGAUACCCGAUUCGGCAACGAUACGGCAAAAAAUGUUGUACGCAUCCACAAAGGCGACGUUAAAAACGGAAUUCGGUUCAGCGCACAUCACGGAAGAGAUUCAUGCCACUGACAUUGAUGAAGUAACACUGGCCGGCUACCAUAAACAUAAAUCUGUAUUCGCUGCACCCGCACCGCUAACUAUGCGCGAAGAGGAAAUGAUCGAAUUGAAACGGUCCGAAGUGAAUACACACAUAUCCACCGAUACACGCCAACAGACAAUGAGUGGCAUCAGCAUACCAUUGACUGUGUCGGCGAGUAAUGGUAUCAAGGAUAUGGCUAGGGGAUCGUACAAUUAUCUCCAGUUCAACAUUGAUUUGCAAGCGGAACAGGUGAAUUUAGUUAAAGCGGCGAAUGUGGAAUUGGAUCGAUUGCCGAAAGAGGUUCCCAGUGAUGCGGCACGCUAUCACCUGUAUUUAUUCAAGCACACGCAUGAAGGCGACUACUUGGAAAGUAUUGUGUUCAUUUACUCGAUGCCCGGCUAUUCUUGCCCCGUCAAAGAGCGUAUGAUGUAUUCGAGUGUGAAGGCAACAUUCUGUGAAACGAUUCAUAAACUAGGAUUAGACAUUGUCAAACGGUUAGAAAUUGACUCGGGCGCCGAAUUGACCGAAGAAUUUUUACAAGACGAACUGCAUCCGAAGAAGAUCCUGCAUCGUCCGCAAUUUGCGAAACCGAAGGGACCGCCGAACCGUGGAGCGAAACGAUUGACCAAACCGUCAGCGGAAUAAAGUUAAAUUAUUUUAUCGAAAUGUCUUCCUCCCGUUUCAGUUUCAGUGUAAUCUAAUUGUGUAUUGAAAUGAAAUGUAGAACUGUGUAGAACAGGAAAAUAUUUAAAAAAAAAAUUGUCUUUAGUUUGUCAAGAUUUCUGUUCUCGUCUCUUGCGUCAGAGAAAAAAUUAUUGUUUAGCGUAUAAAAUACCGGAUAAAUUGCCAACAAAUAAAUAUCUCUAUCCAAUAAAAAGUAUUUAAA